CAACUUCCUGCGUGGCCUGCAGAACCGCAAUCAGAUGAUUCGGCCGUCUUCCACGUCUGCCUUCACACCCGUCCCAUCCUCUUCCAAUUCGGGCUUCCACCAGACGACGUCCACAAACGAAGACGAUGACGGUUCUCAGAGCGCUUCAUUUAAUCUCAACCAGAAGAGGCACAGCCUGGUGGAGUACGAUUCUGAACCUAAAGCAUACCCUCGGAACACGUGGCGACACAGCAGCGGCAGCAGCAAGGACAUCUCGCCGGAUAACUCUUCGACGGACAACGAGCUAUGGCUGUCGGUGACCGAGGAGAUGGGUCCCCACAAGGUGUUCAGGACAACACCCGAACACUUGGACGCGAGGUCCUCUUCCCGAAGCAGCGUCAGCCCACCCUCGCCCCCUGCGAGAUUUCCUCAGCAGCAGAAAAGAGUCUCACUAGAUUCAACGGGUUCUCCUAGACCAAUCUUCUUUGCAAGUUCUCGGCGUGGUUCAAAGGGAUCGAGCGCGGAUAAGAGCGACAGUUCCACCUACCUCCAUCAACCUACACAGACGACUUUGACAGACAUGCCUCAGCAGGCUCCCAGAGAAGAAGUGGUUUCCAGGAAGAGCUCGUCUGCGUACUCGGAGGAGAGCGGAUUCAUUCGCAGAGAUUCAAGGUCAGGAGGAUCCAGCAGCUGGAGAGAUUCGAAGACGGAUUCUAGUUCGGCCACCACCAGUAGGGGAGAGAAGGACUCGAAGUCAUCGGCGUCCUUGGAAGAGGUGUUGGAAUCGUUGCUUGCAAUACCACCGACGAGUUCUCGGUCUUCGAGCCCUUCGUCUCCCCGCAGGUCGAAGGGCCCCGGGUUCUAUCAGUCCCAGCAGCGACACGGAAGGUUCCCUCAAGAAAUCCCUCAGAGGAGAGAGAGCAUUGAACAGGGUAUAGAAAGCAUGACUAGGAGUACAGGAGGACAGCCGCAACCAGCUUUCCUUACGCCCUCCUCUCCGGGGACAGCUGAAGACGGAACCGAUCAGGGUAAGAUGUUCGCUGACAGCCUUAGCUUCCCACAACCAUUUCCCAGUAGUAGUACUUCUGCAAAGCCCUUCCCUUCUCCUCUGGAAGAGGUCAACCCUGCUUCCUUCUGUCGCAGCAGCUCCACCUCUCCUCUCGAAGAUGACGUUCAGUCUCCGACAAGCAUGGAAGUACUAGUGCCCGAGGGGGAGGAGCAAGAGUUGUCUUCCAUCAUCGAAGAUGAGCCAAAAAUAACGGAAGAAUUCUACCAGAACGAGGAAGAACAUCAACUACAAUAUCAUCUCCAGCAUCACGAAGAAAAGCUUCACGAACCGUUGCAUGAAUGUGAACACGCUCGUCUUCAACAUGAGAAUCCACCUCGCCCUCCUCUCCAGCGGCAAUCAACCCUUCCGUCUUGUAGCAGUGCAGACCUUUUAGCACAACAACCUCAGGAAGAUGUCAGUGCAGCCAAUCUCUUCGCUGGGCUCCAACCUGGCACUUAUUCACGCGGUGUAUCAGAACUACGUCGACCCCAGUCUCUCUGCCUUGUUCUUCUGCACUUACCCUGCAUGUUCUGUGCACGUGCCCUUGCACCACCCCCUACUACCAAUUCCUUUAACAAUGGCCCCACCCGAAUGACGUGCGUGUCCGAGCCCAGCACUCCAGUCAGGGUCUGCUGUGACGAUCGCGUAUCCCUUGAAUCGGACUCCCCCCUCACUAAUCUUGGUUCCAAUCCAGGGAGAGGAGCUUCCAACCAACAGGAGUCGGCCACCCCAACGAGGAAAAAGAAAACCCCGAAAGGAGUGUCCGGCGUCGGCAGCGACGUGAUCGCCACCACGGAAGGGCACCUUAAAUGCCAUCGACCCAAGUGCUCCAAGAGUCUGCCAGUGGAAGAAGCCCGUGCCAAGUUCAGGACCUGCCCCAACUGCUACACCUACUACUGCAGUCGCCAGUGUCGGAAACUUCACCUAGCACGUCACAAAGACCAUUGUCCCCAGACGCGAAUCAGCAACCUGUGCAAGCAGGUGCUGAUGAAGGCCAGAGACGACCCUGUAUCCAGGCGACAUCUAUCUCUCUGUGCCAAGCGAGGGCUGCUUUCAAGAGGCAGAGGUGCCGUCAAGCUUCUCUUCCUCUGCCCUGAAGAUGCCUUGGAUUAUUUGGUGCAUGGCUGGGAAAGUGCGAAAGGACAGACACUGUAUGUCUCCAAAGCCGAUCUCUUACCACAGGAAAUGGGAUCCGAUGUCUUCAGCCAGGUGAGAAGUUUCUGCGAGAAAUACAAUCCAGAGAGGAAAUUUAUUUUAUUGGCGGCCAUCACGGUGACCAACGAGGUCGCAGCAGCUCUGGAAAGGGAAGUAGUGGUUCGAGGAGCCAAAAUGCAUUUGUCCCCUUCCCUUCCGGAAGACGAUGUCCAGACUCUCAUUUUGACUAUCACAAAAACGAAUCCUGAGACUGGAGAUCCAGCUGAGACGACUGUCGAAGACAGAAAGAAUGGUCUUGGUAUCGUUGUAGAACAAUUAACUGCCAGGGGUGUCGAUUUAGAAAAACAGUAUCCACAUACUUACCGAAAGAUUUUGAAAUUCGUAAAUGAAAACGAACCCUUCAGCCCUAUCAGCAUUUUCCCCACGGACCAGAGAAAUGGACGAAUUUUCAUGUGCAUUAUCCUCCCAUGGGCGGAUCCAGAUAUAAUUGUGAACAUUUCCUCUAAAGUUGGAGCCUCCAUCGGCAAGUUCUCUAAGAAGAAAUGGAUGUCAUAACAGAGAAAUUCAGAAUUCUUAUAAGCACUGUAACUAAGGAAUAUGGAACGUUUUUUUUUAAAUCCCUAUUUCCUGUCAUUUUUCCACUCUGCUUUACCUUCACUAACAUAAUGUUAUAUAUGACUGUUUAGUUGUUCCAUUUGCUAGCAUUUGUUGUCUAACUCAGCAUUUAAUGAAAAAGAAUCAAAACAAACAAUGAAAUCUUUUCAAACAUAUGAAUCUUAUAUCUCUCAACAUGAUAGAACUUAAACCUUACGAACUCAUUCUUUGGAAGAUUCUAUAUUAAAUAACUAUUCCUUGCUGAAUCAUUAGUUAACUGAUUUAAAAGGAGAAUAAUAAUUGAAAAAAACAUUUGCAUUCUAAAUUAUAAAAUGUCAUAUCGCAUUUAAAUUUCCUUUAUUUUUUACAUUUACAAGUAUUUUUGAAGAAUAAUGAAAUAAAAUAUGAAAAGUUAGUAUUUAGUCUAAAGUCCCGGAAUGAUUCUAAAAUUAAAAAGAAUUGUUGGAAUUUUGCAAUAUUAAGAACAUAGAGUAAAGAUAAAGAAGUAUAGGGUCGCACCACAGUACUUGACAAACCCAAAAGUGUUCAAAAAUUUCACAAAGGAAUAACUGUUGGAAGGAAUUUUCUUUGGGCGAAUGUAUAAGAGAAAUGUAUUUAUUUAACGUAUUAAUAAAUAGGUUGGUGAAGAGGUUAACAAAACUGGUUUGAUGCCUGUGUAAUCACUAUUAUCUAUAAAGCAGCGUUCCAACGAGCCGUGAACAAUUUGUCGGUAAACUGGACAGACAUAAAAAACCCCUAGAAAACCGCAAAAGAGGUGCAAGAGAGGAAAGUGUGCCCUGUCUGCGACUCACGGGUCGUUGGAACGCGAUUUAAGGGAUUGUCCACCAAGCCGUAAUUCUGAGGACAGCAACCUUAAUGAUAAUAUGUAUAAAGGAAUUUCAAAUAUCUCUUGAUUUUUUUAUUACUAUUUCAAAUUACUACUCAUUGCUUCCCCGAAAUGCGUGUAAAUUUAUAUAGUACAUAAGUUGGUGUAUACGAGAAAUAAUCAUCUACCUAAGCCGUUUUCUUUGUAUUAUUUAAAAAAAUCAUGCUGCUUUAAUAUUGUCACAAAGAAAACACAACUGGGGAUGAUACAUAGAAAAUUCUGCGAUUUCAAGACAGUCAUGAUGAAAUUAUAGCUAAAGUAAAAUUUAAUUUAAUGUGUAGACAGUGAAGAACCAUUAAAUAUUACGUACUAAAUAUUAAUAAAAAGGAGAAAAAAACUAACGUUGUUUUGGUUAAUCAAAGUUAAAAAGCAAUAGUUUAAGGCAUUGUAUUUCAACCAUUGAAAAAUAUUUUUUCAGUACUAUUUAUUUCUGAGUCGAUGAGUCUUGGAAAACCUGUUGCCACCAACAUUUUAUUCUUUUAUUUUUUAAUGGCUUUUUCAAAUAUCAAAUCAAUACAAUCUUGUUAAGAAUUUUUUUUUCUUUCUUAAAAUGUAUUUUUUUGGAUGCUGAAUCAGUGACAAGUCUAAUAUUAUUUUAGGAAAAAUUAGGUAAAUUCAGAUAGAGUUUGUAAGCAUAUUUUAUUUGAUAAUUUUUAUUGUAUUGAUCACGAAUUUGGGAUAUAACGUCUUUCAGGGAGGUGCUCUCUAUUCCUUAUCUUUAAUCUAUGGUACGGUAAUCAUAUCUGUAUAUGUUUCCUAUCAAUAUCAAAAAUCUGUCAUAUCAGUUGAUUUGUGAUAGUCGAAAAUAUGCAAAAUU